CUACAAACCUAUAACUCCGGACUUUUCAGGCAUGUUCCCGGAUGCGAUCUUGGUUAACAGCACCCCUGCCUGGGUUCAUGGCGAACCUACACCACACUCACUCGACACGACACUAGAUACAACAAACAACACCCAACAACCGGCUCUGCAGCAAUAUCCCUCGCCCUGGGGAGGCAAUACCGAUGCACCUGGUCCUCGCUUGUAUCGUUCAGUUGACCUGGAAUUUGUACUACCCACAUUGGGUCCAGAAGCUCAGAACCGCCGAGCCGAGAUGGGCCUUUACUACGAUCUCAUAUAUGAUUGCGUGUCACUACACCUCUGGCAGCAACAGCUAAAGGAGGAUCUCGACGCCAACUGCUGCUUACUAGCAAAUCGUAUCGCACACCGUCUAGCCACAGUACUGUCAAGAAUUCCGAGCAACCUAGAAUGCCAAGGAGCCAUCCGCGUGUAUCUUAAACAACACAUACAUGACACCUACAUUACCGGUGAUUCCAAGCUCCACGCUCUUAUACAUAGUUACUACAAUACCUUGUCAUCUACAAAUACGUUUCCUUUCGCCCGGGACGUGCGUCCUUAA